AUGGGACGCUUUAAACCGACAACAUUCACGCAUGACUUUGAGUUUCCUGUUCAUGGAAUCGCUUUUACUGAAGACGAUCGCAUCUUAGCUACCGGAGGAGAUGGCAUCAAUACGAUGGGCACAUCCAAUAAACUGAUGUUAUUGAGUGUCGAUGAAAAAAAUAAGGCUCUUGUUGAACAAGUUUUAUUGUCAUUGUCACCUGAAGAUGCUUGUCCAAUGUCAAUUGCAUGUCAUCCAAAGAUGGAUAUUGUGGCAGUUGGGGUCAAUAAGUCUAUAGAUAAAGGAGAAAACACAAAUUGCCAGUUGUUUAAACUUGAAGAAAGUCGCAUUGUGGCCACUGAGGCUGUAUGCACAAAUACCAACAAGAGUGCAGAUGAAUAUCAGAAGGUAACACGCUUCAGUCCAAGAGGCAAUUACCUUGUCUCGGGAAGCACGGACGGCAAGAUAUCUGUCCUCAGAGUACCUGGACUGUCCCUGGCCUUUCCUACCUUGAGGUUCAAUAGUCUUCAUGAUGCUGAUAUAGAUGAGGCCGAAGAAUAUGUAGCUGUGGCAACUACAAGCGCAGUACUGAUCCUGUCUAUGCGAGAUGGAAGUAUUGUGCAGGCCAUCGACAGUCCACAGUUCAAUGGGAUUCAGUGUGAAUUUCGUGCCUGCAGGUUCUCAGGUACAUCUCCAAGCAAUAAAACGCUCUAUGCCAUUGUAAAUCCCAUUGCACGGGGAAAGGGAUUUGUGUGUGCAUGGAAGAUGCGCCCAAGCGAUCACAGGUUUUCUGUGACCAAGGUUCAAGCUGAGAGUGUCAGCCGUACAUCCAUUACAAACUUCACAAUCAAUGAUCAAGGUAAUCUGCUGGCCUAUACUUCAAGUGAUUUUACCACAGGCAUUGUUGAUGCCAAGACAUUACGGCCCAUUGUACGAAUCAGGCCAAGUCAUGGAUCUGCAAUCACCAGUCUUUGCUUUAAUCGUUCAGGGUUUGACUAUAGGACACCUCUGGAAGUUGUUUUGUGUAUGGUUAUGUUUGCUUUGUUUAUGCACAUUCUUGUACAAAUGGCAGCACACAUGUCAUAG